AUGCCAAUCUCGAUGUCACGCGCACUUCUCCCCCGCUGUGUGGCUCGUGUCAGCCUGAGAAGCAACAAAUUUAGUGAUGAGAACAAGGGCAGUGAGAGAACAGCUUACUAUCGCGCUUACAUACCCGUCUUCUUCGUAGAAAUUGUGCACUGGUUCGAUAUUCUCCCACUUGCAUCCAUGGAGGAGUUGGGUGUUCUUUUCCAGAAGGACUUUCAUCGUUACCAACCACGAGGAAACACCGCGAAGAGCACCAUCGACGGUGGGGGGUACGGGGAGAGGAUCUAG